AUGACGGUGACAACGAGCGCUCGAAACCGACUUAAAUGGGCCGCCUGGAUCUUGACGUACCUCUGCGCGUAUGUACCACCACUUGUCGAUAUGAAGAUGACCAACAAGAAUUGGGAAUGGUACUCCUGGCUCGGGUGGGGACCCCUAAUGUCAUUUGUGUUUGUCUUUGUCAUCAUGUUUGUCCGCGGGAACCGUCUAAGUGGAGUCAUUGUCAACGCUCUCUUGAUCGGUUCUCUUGUCAAUAUUGGCCUGUUGACCUAUAGCAGCUACAGGACAUAUGAUUCUGUGGGCUUGCUGGCGAGCGAAACAGACCGCAUCAAGAGCAAGAGCAACUUUCUCACGACAGUGAUCAGCGGUGUCCUCGCAGGAGUUUCGAUGAUUAUCCAAUGGAUGGAGAGUAUGUAG